AGAACCUCCAUUUUUUCUCGAUUAAGCAGCAUUUCGUUUCGUGCUAAGCACACGUAUAUCGCUAACGUCCAAUCUUCGAGGUUACCGAGGCUUUCCAUAUCUAACUUUGACUUCACUGUGGUGUACAAUUGUGUAUCAUCAGCAUAUUGGUGGAACUUGAUGUCAUCCAAGGGAACCAGACAAGAAGUGUGCUGGAGAUGCUCAAAGAAGAUGGUGUGGCUGAUGGUGUUGGAAGCAAUGGAGAAGUCUUGGAGCAAGAUGAUCCAGGGUCGAAAGAGAGGAUCAAUUACUACACGUACACGAGUAGUGUGGGUAGAAUGGCCUUGGCAGACAGCAGUGUACGAAGUUGUGAAGACUGAAGGGAGAUGUGCUUUGAGAGUUGGGAGAAAACCCUUUGACUUUUUCUAAGAAAGGGAAUUUUGAGAUAGCGGAAUUUUGCAUGGCUGUUUCGGUCCAGGGUUGGUUUUUCAAGGUGGCAAAUGAGAGCAGCAGUCUUGAGAGAUAAUGAGACAAUACCAGAUGAGAGAGAGAUAUUGCAUAAGCUGGUAAAUUAGGGUACCAGGGUGGACUGGCAGUGACGGAUGAGUUUGGUGAGCAGAGAAUUGAAGAUGUCAUUUGAUGUCAUUUAUAGUUACAGGCUGGGAAAUGUCAAGGGUAGGUGGUGAAUAGCUAGGACAUGCAACAGCAGAAGCAGUCAGAUACCAGAAUGUUUUUCGUAAUUUUCUAGACUGUAUAACGGGUAGAGGAGGCGAGUUUGCACUUGGCAAUGGAUGGGGUAAUGGAGGAAGACAAGUUCUGAAAAUUCUGGGGCAAUGUAUGAUUUACCAAAUGGUUUCCUGCACCAUAUGCGGUCAGUGGAGAGGAGACAUCUGAUUUGGACUUUACCAGAACUGAGAUUUGCACACCACACAUUCAAACAAUCACACAUACAUUCACACACCCCCACACACAUUUACACACGUAGAUGUACAGACAGGCCCUAGCAUUCACACACAUGCAGCCAUUCAUUCACUAACCCGGGUUCAUAUAGUCGCACACGCCACACAUUCUCACACGCAGCUGUGGAUCGUGCAGCCUGUGUCUCACAUCCAGAAAUGUUGAAGGUCCCGUGAAGAGAACCCAGUCCAGGACUAGAAUAAAAACCUCUCCUUCAGCACAACCCCGAUCAGAACAUAGAUCAUAGCUUGCAUCAAAACCCAGGUCAGAUUCUGGACCAGGCUUGGUGGAGGAAUCCAGACCAGAACGUUCAGUCGAAGAAUUCGACACAGAUUUUUGGUCAGAACUCGUAGAGAAAUCAGAGCCGAGUGGAACAAAUCCUGACCAGCGUGAUGUUGCUGCUCCUGCUGCUGCUUGCGAGGACCGGGGUGGGAGCGACAAUUCCCACAAAACAAGGAUUAAGUGCCGGAGUGGGCAAAGCAGAAGUAACCACAAACGUUCCAGAAAUUCCAGGAAUCCUGCAAAACCCUGAAAACCCGGACCCAGCGGAGGGAGUGAGAAGUCUGGAAACACCCGCGGGAACUGUGGGAACGAUUGGAAAAUCAGAGGUGACGGCAAGCCUCGGGGGAAAAGAUAGAGCCGUGGAAAUUGUGUUUAAAGUGUCUGAAAAACCUCAAAAACUGGACGGAGCCACGAGGUUCCAAGAAAAAGUUGGAAAAGUUGCAGCUGCAAAGGAGCCUCAGGAAAAAGAAGGACAAGCGGGAUUGAAAUCUGAGAUCGCAUCCAAAAUUGUGAAACCGGUAACAGUGGUGGUGAUGAAAAAGCUGCAGAAACCUGGAGCAGUGGGUAUCUUGAAAAAAACCACGGAAGAGGGAGACAAAGCCCAGAAAGGCGGUAAGUUGGAAAACUUUGGAAAUCCAGGGAGCACUGGGGAUUUAGGAACGCAAGAACCCUUGAAAUCAGCUGAAAUUCGUGAUGCAAAGCCAGGAAUUGUUGAGAAAUCGGGAGUGAUUGGGAAAGCAAAUGUGUUAGGGGCAGGUGGGCCAGGUAAAUUUAGAACAGCGGCAUCAGGAAUUCUCGGGAAAGUUAGAAUUCCUCAAGCAACGACGAUUACACAAGUUAAUGGAACAAUUCCGAACAAGAAGGGCAUUCCAGAAAUGUACGCAAAAGUGGGGCUGCUUCCCGAAGUUAAAGCCAAUCGGUCAGGAAAUCCCGUGGGAUCUGCACUCCCGGGGAAGCCUGAGAAGAAACCUGAUGAGUCCGAAAAAGCUGGUGUCUCUGCAAAGGAUGCUCAUGCAGCGACUGUGGGGAAAAACGGGACGUGGCUCCGAAAAACCGUGGCAAAGAACGGGACGAAGGUGCAAGGCAGUGUGCGAAUAAACGGGACGAAGCCGGCGCAAGGCAUCGUGGGGACCGCUACAAAACGGCCUGUGAGUGUAAGUGGAUGUCUAUGCUCCAUCUUUGGGGAAUUUCCUAUAUAAACUUAGCCUAAAAUGAGUGCCUGGUGCGUAGGGUCCAGGUUACAUGGUGUUGCGUGUACUACGUAGGGAACCAGUGUUGUAGAAGUUUACUCGUGGUUCACUACAACACACCAAGGUCACUUCUCGGCUAUGCACCUCAAAA